AUGGUACAACUGGACCAUUUAUAUAACAACAGCAGAGCGAUCGAUUUGUCGUGUAAUAGUCUUGGCGGAACCAUUCCAACAGAUAUAGUUUUAUUAAAACUACUUUAUACCCUUAAUUUGUCCCAUAAUCAUUUAUCCGGCGAUAUCCCAACAAGUAUUGGAAACUUGUCUGUUUUAGAGUCCUUAGGUUUAAGUUCUAACAGAUUGGCUGGACAUAUCCCACAAUCAUUGGCAACAAUCGACUCUCUUGGGAUGUUUAACUUAUCGUACAAUAACCUAUGUGGUAGAAUACCUAGACAAGAUCACUUUGAUACACUCAGUUUGGAUGGUUCAGCUUUUGUUGGGAACAGUUUGUUGUGUGGAUCUCCAACAAAUAAGGUUUGCGAGGGUGAUCACAAAACUAGUACCAGGGAUACCAAUCCUACAAUUGAAGUUGAUGAAGUCAAUCCAGAAGAUUCAAAAGAAAGAUUAUUGGUGUAUGCUAUAGCUGCCUUGGGAUUUGGAGUUGGAUUUUGGGUCACUAAGUUCCCGCAUGCCUCGCACUGCUGCCAUGAAGAGGAUAGAAAUGCUCUCUUGAGCUUUAAAUCUUCAAAUCGUUUAUCGUCGUGGAAGCAAGGCAGCCAACAUAACUGUUGUAAUUGGCAUGGCAUUAAAUGUUCCAAUGGCUCAUUUCGGGUGGUCUCCAUCAAUCUAAGAAAUAAAGGCCUUGAAAAUUACAUCGAGGAAUUUGAGUAUGAUUCCUUUGAUGUCUUUGAUCCACGAAGCACUUUUCUGGCAGGUAAGUUUUCUGCUUCCCUUCUGAAAGUUACUCAUUUAGAGUAUCUUGAUCUUGCCUAUAAUGACUUCCAGGAAUCAGAUAUCCCACGUAAGUUUUCUGAUCUAACAUCACUCACUCAUCUUGAUCUCUCCUACGCAAAUUUUGCAUCAUCAAUUUCCACACAAGUCACCAACUUACCAUCUCUGCAGUUCCUCGAUUUAUCCUGCAACUCUGAUUAUUUUAGCACUUCUUGCUUGGAAUCAUUAUCUACAAAAUGGUUGAGAGGUUUAGUGAAUCUUAAGGUAUUAAGGUUGAGCGGUAUUGAUCUAUACGAGGCUACAUGUCCACAAGAGAAAUUUGGUGAACAUAUAUCGUAUCUUUGUAAUCUCAAGGAGCUCGAUCUUUCUUAUUGCAAUAUAUCUAGCUCGGUUUUCCCCAUUCACAAGUUUCACAAUCUUUCUCGUCUAUCAUCUUUUAAUAUGAAUCACAAUUUUGGAAUUCCUUAUCCAUUCCCAGUUGAGCUGGCUAAUUUGACUUCACUUUCUAUUCUUGGGUUAUCUGGCUGUAAUCUCCAUGGUUCAGUCCCUUAUCUUGAUGGAUCACUACAUUCUUCGUUCUAUGAUCUUUCCGAACUACAAUAUCUAUACCUAUCUGAUAAUUCAGUUACAGGUUUUAUUCAUCCUUCAAUCUCGAACCUAAAAUUCCUUUACCAUCUCGACUUAUCUUUUAAUAAUUUUGAAGGGUCCAUACCAAAAUCAAUCUGUGAGAAUCUUCCUCUUGAAAUACUUCUUUUGGAUUACAAUAAUAUUACAGGAACUAUACCAAGUUGCUUAUCAAAGCUCCAAAAUCUUAAGCACUUUGCAGUUGCUGGAAACUCUAUUGAGGGCAAUGUUUCGUUUUUCUCCCUGAUGAAUGAAAACCUAAUUGCCCUUGAUAUGAGGUUUAAUAGCCGUUUAAACCUAGAUAUGAGUUUACAGUUACUUCCUAAGUUUAGACUAAAAUAUCUAAGGUUAAGGUCAUGCAAUCUCAAAGGAUCAUUCCCUAUUUCCAUUUGUAAUUUGACUGAUCUUGUGGAAUUGGAUUUUUCUGAUAAUAGCUUAACAGGAACCACCCCUUCUUGUCUUUUCAAACUCAAACAUCUUCUUAAUAUAUAUCUGCCAGAUAACAAACUUCAUGUGGUCCACUGCCACUUCCACCUAAAGACGAAAGACACCAUUAAUAACGUCACUAUGGAAGAGGCUAAUUCCUUAGCAGUUCAGCAUACUAUUGAAGCCUGGUCUCCACCAUACUCUCGGGGAAAUCUGUUUCUGUUACUAUUGCGAGAGAUCAUAAUGAAGUUACAGUCCCAACCCGUCAUCGUGGAAAGUGACUGGCAAACAGCGCCUUGGAGAAUUCAGAGAAGAAUAGAAGGCAUCAAAUGGUUCUCGAAUAAUUUCGAAUCUGUUUCUUUCAAAUUUGUGAAGAGAGGAGCUAACUCUGAGGCUCAUAAUCUCGGUCUUACACUGUAA